AUGUCAGCUGACGUAUUCCCCGAGUUUUACAAUCGCCGGAAAAUCAUAAUUAAAAACCUGCCAUCCGAUGUUAGCAAUCAGGAGGUUCAUGAGCUGUUGCGCAACUAUGACUUGAAGUACUGCUUUGUGGACAAAUACAAGGGAACAGCCUUCGUCACACUGCUCCAUGGGGAGCAGGCACAAUGUGCCAUCAAAGAGUUCCACCAGCACAUGAUGCGGGAGCGGGAGAUCUCUGUGCAGCUGCAGCCCACCGACGCGCUGCUGUGCAUCGCCAACCUGCCCCACGCUUUCUCAGUUUGAGGAGCUGGUGAGACUCUUUUCGGCACCUAAGAGCGCUGACUUCCCUGGUCGCACAGGCGCUCCACUGCAUCCAAGGGCUACGGGGAGUACAUGAAGAAGGACUCUGCGGCUAGGGCUAAGUCUGAGCUGCUGGGGAAGCAGCUGGGCUCAAGGAUGCUGUAUGUCCACUGGACUGAGGUGGGCUCCCUCACCUACCCCCUGCUGCACUCCAGGUGUCUCUGUGUGGACCGUCUGCCCCCCKGCCUGCUGACUGCCCAGGACCUCCGCAAUGCCCUGGCCGACACGCACGCACCCAUCUUCUGCCAGUUGGCUCAGGGCCAGGAUGACAGUUUCCGGCGGUUUGCCAUGUUGGAGUUCUCCUCAGCAGAGAUGGCUGAGCAGGUGCAGCGAGAGGCUGACGGCAGGGCGCUGGGUGGGACCCACAUCCGGGUCUCCUUCUGUGCCCCUGGACCCCCGGGAAGGAGCAUGCUGGCUGCCCUCAUCGCUGCCCAGACCAUGGCCCUGAACCGAGGGAAAGGUCUCCUCCCUGAGCCCACAGCCAUGCAGAUCCUCACAGGCCUCAGUAACCCUGCCACCCUCAAGAUGCUGCUCAACCCCCUAAACCAGGGCAGGAAACAAGGUCUCCUUGGUGCUGCUCCCACCAUGCCGCUGCUGGCUAACCCUGCCCUUUCUGCUGCUCUGCUCCAGCUCCUCCUCCAGAACCAGGCCCAAGUUCAACAGGCAGGGCUGAUGGGGGACAACCUUCUGGCUGCUAUGCCUCUCCAGCAGGGAGUCCAUCUGCUGGAGACCUGCCUCAAGGCGGUGUGGUUCAAUCCCUGGGCCUCCAGUCAGACCCUAUGGGCCACAGAAAACCCCACUCUAUGGGUCGCCCCCUGGGCAGAGAGUCUCCCCACCAGCUUCUCCCAGAAACCUCUCCCCCACUCUCCACCCCCACCUUGGUGGAGUGAUGGGGCAGAGGGCCUACAGCACCUGGCCCGCCCUCGUCUUUCGUUACUACAGCUCAGUGGAACCCGCCCCGGCAGCCUCCCCUCCAGCCAUCUCAACAAGGCUGUGGGCAUGCCUCCGGUGAGCCACUCUAACACAUACCCAUCUGGUCUGGGGAUGAAGACUCCCGUUGGUGGUCACAAGCGUCUGAUCCCAUCUCCAGAGCCCAGCCCAGAAGGGGGCUACGUGGGACAACACUCUCAGGGCCUGGGGGGCCACUAUGCUGACUCCUACCUGAAACGCAAGCGUAUCUUCUAAUGUAAACCAAUCAAAGCUUCUUGUACGAGUUGCCAAUUAACAGCCAGGAUGUGGCUCAUGGCUCCAUUUCCCCCCGGAGCUCCUCCAAUCAGCUUUUACGUUUGGGCUUGGUGGUCCAGUGGUCUCUCACUUGUGUUCCUGCCAGCGACCCCUGGAGGGCGCUGGGGGUCAGCCUGUCGCUAAUCAGGACAUAACAAUGCUUGCCAGUGUAUGGGAGUUUUGAGUUUGUUUUUUUUGUAAAUAUGAUUUCAGUGUGCUUGUAAAUUAAGUUUUUUUUAAUCUUUUUUUAAUGUCAUUUUUUUCUAUCAGGAAAUCCUUUUGUUUAAAAAACGGGGAGUUACCUUGUACUAUAAGAAAAUAAUUGUAAAAUCUGAUUUCAGGUCUUUUUUURCCCUCUGUMUAUUCMCUUCAUUGGUUGMCUGAAKWCUAUUUUUUGAUUUUAUUUUUWAAAAUCUUUUUGCAUUAGUUUUUUCUUCCUGUUGUGAUCUGUCAACGGGUUUCUAUUUUAAAAUGUUUUGCCUCCCAAUAUUUUUGUAUAUAGUUUGUUUGAUUGGAUGGUGUUUUUCCCGCUCCUUCCUCCUACAGGGGUUAUGUACUGACUGUCUGGACAAGAUUCAGGCCUUUACUUGGAUUCACGUAGAUCUGUGUAGCAGUACUGCCUUUGUCUUUCGUCCUUUGGAAAAACUCACCUUAUCAAAAACUAGUCUGGAAUAUGCUGUUUUCAACCCUUCACUCUUCCACCCCUCCAUCUCAUUUGGGAGCACGUUCUCUGCACUGAGUGUUUUAGUGUUGCACUUGGAGGACACAGCUGGGUCACAAUUUUCCAGGGUUGUUGAAAUUCUGUUCUCACUUUAUUUUUUUCUCUGUGCUCUGCAGAAUCGGUGUAUUCUGUGUUGACGUGAGCUCUUUGUCUCAGUUAUUAUUUGCAUCUCAACCACCAUGGCACCUGACUUGRUCUCGUUUGUUCGGAGGGGAUGGUUGCUGUGCCUUAUCCAGACUUUAAUAUCUACAGAUUAUAACAGUAAGCAGGGACACCUGUGGCCUCWGUCCUCUCAGUAGUUAAUUCAUGUUUAGCCCCUGAGGACAAACA